AUGACAGAGGCAGAGGUUAUCAUCUUCCGAGGAACACUUCGUGGCCACACUGAUAAGGUCACCGCCAUAAGCACCAACAACAAUCCCAACAUCAUGGUUAGUUCCUCACACGACAAAACCCUCAUCGUGUGGCGCAUCAGAAAGGACUCCAACCCUUGCGCUUUUCCAACACUCCGGCUUACCGGCCACUCCGAGAUCAUCUCCGACGCCGUUUUGUCCUCCCACGGAGAACACGUCAUCUCCUCCUCAUGGGACGGCGAGCUCCGCCUUUGGAACAUCACCAACGGCCACACCAAGCGCCGCUUCGUCGGCCACACGAACCAGGUCCUCUCCGUCUCGCUCUUCGACGACUCCGUGAUCGCGUCCGGCGGCCGUGACAACACAGUGAGGGUGUGGAACGCUUGGGGACAGUGCAUGGCGACCUUGGACGGAGACGGCGAGAACGGCCACACCGAUUGGGUUUCGUGCGUGCGGUUCAUCCCGGCGGAGACGCCGAGGCUGGUGACGGCGGCGUGGGACGGGAGCGUUAGGGUUUGGGACUUGGACAUGAGUAACAAAGGCGCGUUGGUGAAGAGUUUCGCGACCUCCGGACACGAAGGUCGCGUGAACGCGGUGGCGCUGCCGCCAGACGGGUCGGUGAUCGCAAGUGUCGGAAAUGAUGGGGUGGUGAUUAUAUGGGACAUGGAGGGAGGGGUUAAGCUUUACGAGUUUGACGUUGGUUGCGUUGUUCUUGCCAUGUGUUUCUCUCCCAACAGGUUCUGGUUGAGCGUUGCCACAGAAGAUAGAGUCAUUGUUUGGGACUUGGAGAGUAAGAAGGUUCUUGAAGAAUUGGAGGUUAAAAAGAUUACGGAUUUUUCGUCCUUAGCGUGUGUUUGA